AUGGUCUGGUUUCAAAAUCGACGUACCAAGUGGCGCAAGAAGACGGCCGCAGACGCAAUAAGCCUAAAGCACCAAAAACAGCAACACAUAAACCAAGGGCAGAACACCUUCUCCGAAUGCCAAUCUCAAACAAGCGCAGGUGGCUACAGCGGGCUUCACUCACGAAUAACGGGUGGGUCAGAUUUUGAGGAAGAGGAAGAAGAUGAAGAGGGGGAAGAAGAAGAAGAAGAUGAUGAAAUAGAAAUGGAUGAAGAGGCGGAAGGCAAAUGUAUUGAGGCUGGAGAGGAGAUGGAGGACGAACAGGAGACACGUGAAAGAUUGAAACCAGAGGUUGAGGAGAGCAGUGGCUGGCGACCAGAGAAAUCUCAUGAGGAUGUCCAAGUGGAUAGAGAGGAUGAAGAGGCAUUUAUGCAGCUGGAGCAGGUUAGGAGUGGAGGCAACUCUCGAACUAGAAUCGACGGUCUCGAGGUAUCCAGGGCACAAGAAUCCGGAAAUCAGAUGUUGAUGUGCUACGAGGAAGCCAGAAUCCAACGCCUCGUAGAUAAUAUGACUGCCCUCGAAACAUUACCUUGCCCAGGCGCAGCAAACAUGUCGUUUUGUCCCCCUUUUUCUUCCUCUCUUCAGCCAUGCUCGGCGAUUCUUCCUGUAUCGGGAAUAGUCGGUUCCAGCGGCAACAAUGGCGGAAGUGGAUUGUCUACAGAUCCGACGGACUUUUGUCCCGGCUUUGCUCGUCUCUUGCCUGGAUCGGGUGGCAGCAAUCUUGCCCCAGUUACCGGGGCUCCAGGAGGGGCGACGACUCCUGCGAAUGCGGCUGCCGCUGCCGCCGCAGUGGCUGUGGCCUCGGGAUUUUUUCCCUUUAACUUGGGCCUCCUGUCUCCGGUGCAGGCCAGUUUUGCUGGACGCUUGUCUGGCCAGACGUCGGGGCCUGGAAGUACGCCCUGUCGCAUCGAGGAGACGACAGGCGUCUGUCAGUCCAUGCCAAAUCUACAACACGACAUCGGGACGGGGCUCAAGGACAGGGUCGCUACUCUAGAAGGGUCUUCAAGGGACCCCAUCCACCCACCACCCAAAUCCGCAAAUUCAUCCCGCUCUAUCUCUUCCACCACAACCACGCCAAAUAUCUCCUCCUGCCAUUCGGACUCG